GUGAAACUCCACAGUAGGUACUGCCAUGCCGACUUCUACAGACUAAAUCCAUGGUUGUGCAGCCUUUGGAGGCUCCCCAGCGCACUGCUCCAAUGCGCACAGCACCCGCUAUUCAUCAUGUCCUACAACGGGCGUCGCAAGAAGGCCUCAACGAACCAUCCAUACCUCAGUGGUAACUUUGCCCCCGUGACGCAAACAUGGACACCAACAUCGGUUACCUGGACGGGAAAUCUUCCCAAAGAGCUCAAUGGCGGCAUGUAUGUGCGCAACGGGGGCAAUCCCAUGGCCAACUCUGACCUUGGACGCGACGCUCACUGGUUUGAUGGCGACGGGAUGCUCUCAGGAGUCUGGUUCUCCCGUUCAUCUUACAACACCGAUGAACUCGAUGUUCAAUUCGUCAACCAGUUUGUUCUCACAGAUGUUCUUCUAGCUCAAGCCGAGACCGAUGCCAUACGAACACCGAUCUUGCCCAGUAUUGCGACGUUGACGAACCCGGCUUCCAGUCUAUUCUGGAUUAUUUGGCGGAUCCUGCGUACUGUUCUGAUCGUUUUCCUAUCCCAUCUGCCCGGUUCAGGGACCGUCAUCAAGCGUAUCAGCGUAGCCAACACGAGCGUUCUAUAUCACGAUGGACGAGCGUUGGCCACAUGCGAAAGCGGCCCACCUAUGCGGCUGACAUUGCCUGAGCUCGAAACUGUGGGUUGGUUCGACGGGAACACAGUGGAAGGCGAACCCGAGAUUCAAGAUAAGGAGGAGGAACCAACAUUGGGUGGUACAGGGCCGUUGAGUUGGAUGCGCGAAUGGAGCACAGGACACCCAAAGGUUGACAACACAACGGGCGAACUUGUCAUAUUUCACUGCAGUUUUGCUCCACCGUAUGUCCAGUACUCGAUUAUACCCUCCACAGGCCCGAACACCACGGAAUACCACUCAGCUGGCGAUGCCGGCCAUAUCAUCAACGCGGCAGUCCCCGGCUGUACAGGUGGAAAGCUUAUGCACGACUUUGGUGUGUCCAAGCGCAGCACAGUCAUUCUGGAUCUUCCUUUGAGUCUUUCGCCGUUAAAUCUUGCGAAAAACUCACCAGUAGUGGCAUACGAGCCAUGGAAACCCUCUCGAUAUGGCGUCUUCCCUCGCCAACAUCCAGAAGCGGUGCGUUGGUUUGAGACCGACGGCUGUUGCAUCUUUCACACUGCCAACACCUGGGAUGAGUUCGAUGUUGAUGGGAAUGUUGUUGCCGUCAGCCUCCUAGCAUGCCGCUUGACAUCUGCAUCUGUUGUUUUCAGUGCUGGAAACAUCACACCGCCACCACACCCAAACCACAAAGAUGUGGUAAGCGAGAAGCCCAUGUCAUUCUUCGCCAGGUACGACAACGACAUCGACGAACAGGAUCCUGAAAAAGUUGACGAGACAUCGCCUUUGAUAUUCCGAAACGAUGCUGCGCCCAAUCCAUUCGGCGCCUCUUCAAACUUGCCAAUAUCCGACGACGAUGAAGAACAAUGUCGAUUGUACUAUUACAGAUUCUCACUGGAUUCUCCAACCGAAAAUGUUAUCACUCAUCAAUUCGCGCUGGCAGCCAUUCCUGUGGAGUUUCCUACGGUGUCGCCGUUGACAGCCAUGGAGUCUGCACGCUAUAUCUACGCCUGCAGUACAUCAAACGAGUCUUUCGGCGCGGCAUUGGGCAAAGCUAGCAAGAUCGAUGUCCUUGUUAGAUUUGACGUGCAGGCUUUACUUGAGAAGGCACAAAUCGAACCGCCAGACUCAAUCACAGGUUGCGUGGACAACCGUACACUACGCCAGAUCAUGGCAUCAACUGACCCCAACGACCCAAUCAAGGUCUUCCGGUUCCCGCCAAAGCAUUACGGACAGGAGGCGACGUUUGUUCCUCGCUCAAGGCGUGGUUCUGUAGCUAACAAGAAUACGGCUUUCGAUGAAGAUGAUGGUUAUCUCGUCUUUUACGUGUUCGACGAGCACCAAUUGGGCGAAGAUGGAGAGUGCAGAGAAGACGCGAAGAGUGAACUCUGGGUUCUGGACGCCCAGACGAUGGCGCGGGUUGAGUGCAAGAUCCAGUUGCCAACUCGCAUUCCGUAUGGAUUACAUGGUAACUGGUUCACAGAAGAGCAAAUCGCUCGUCAGAAGAGCGUGGAGAAGGUACGGGCGCUGCCAGCAGCUGCCCAGGUUACAAGGGCCAUUCGCAUCAAGCGAAGCAUACACAGGCGUUUGGGUUGAUAUCAAUGUUGUACUGAUAGCACGAGCAAACGACGUUCAGAACCGUAUACAGGCAUACCUACUACUAGUAAUGAUAAUGGACCAAGGUACA